AUAUUCUGGGGAAAAAGAAAUGAUAGGGUUCCGGAUUCCCGUCUCCGGAAGCCAGGAGUCCAGACGUGGAUAUGCCCUUGGAUGUUCAGAUCUCUUGGAAAUCACCGGGACAGAACCACCACCGAAGAGUAGCGCUAACUCUGCAACUCCUUUGUAUUUAGACCUCCAUGCUACUACUCCUCUUCCAAAAGGAGUUAAGUUUGCAUUGUUUACUUUACCAGUGUGCGCCAAAGAUGUCGCAGACGGCGAUGGCAUGACAGUCUACGUGAAGAUUGUUGAUGCUGAUGAUGAAGAUCAACUGCAGGGAUCAGAGAGCAUCCCAUUAAAUGUAAAGCAAGCUGUUUAUAAGAGAAAAAAGGAGCGCAGAUGCAGGAAUUAUACAAAGGCCUAUGAACUUCACGGACUGAUUAUUAGAUCUGGAUACAGAAUCAUAACCCUUGACAACCGGCGGGAGAUUCUUACUAAAAAGUAUCGCAUUCGGCUCAGGGGUAUUGAUGCCCCGGAGUUGGGAAUGGAGUACGGGAAUGAAGCAAAGGAAGAGCUUGUUAAGCUUGUUGAGGGGAGGUGUUUGAGACUUUUGGUCUAUGGGCAAGACGAAUAUAGGCGUUUUGUCUGUGAUGUAUACUGCAAUGACACUUUUGUUCAGGAAGAAAUGCUCAGAAAAGGAUUUGCCUGGCAUUAUGUAGACUAUGAUCAGAGACUGGAGUUUGCUAAUUGGCAGAAGGAGGCCCGAAGCAAGCAACGUGGCUUGUGGAAAUCCACAAAACCUAAGAAGCCAUGGGAAUGGAGGAGAAGAAACCCAAUGCAGAGGUGAAAAGACAGAGGAAGGAAAGCAUUCUCAUGGGUGAACUACUUGUGUUUGGUUUGGAAGAAGAUUUAAAGUGUUUAUCUGUUAUACAUUGGGGGGAAACUGGAAGGAAAGCUGAAAAGUUGGAUGCAUCGUAAGUUAGAUCUUGAUCUUUACCCUCCGAGUGUGAGAAUCCAUACAAUAAAUCGAAUGGUGCAUG